GUAUAGCAAAUUUUUGCUCAAAACGCGAAUCUUAGGCAGAGAAAGAUGUGGAAGACAGUGCAAAAAUGCCAGAAACUAUCAGUCUUAGCCCGGAGAAACGACAUCGUUUCAAUCCAGCGUCUCUUACACAACGGUCCGGACACUUUGGAGGAGUUAUUAGAUAGACACGUGGUUAAGAAAGAGAAAUCCCUCGACGAUGACGAGGAAGAGCUGUUAACUCAGAGGCGACUCACCAGCACACGCCGAGAGGCACUCAGUCUGUAUCGAGACAUUCUACGGGCCACCAGAUUCUUCAUGUGGCCGGAUUCAUGUGGCGUUUUGUGGCGGGAUAUUUUGAGAGACAACGCCCGAAAGGAGUUUGAAGAGGCUCGCUUUGAAAGGGAUCCGGAAAUCGUCACCCGGUUGCUAAUUGGAGGGCGUGAUGCGGUGCAAUCGGCUCUUGAGAAGCUUGCUGAGAAACAAAAGCAGCAGAUUGAGAAGGAACGUGGCGGCGGAGAUCCACGGUGAUUGAUUUAUUCGGAUUCUUCUGUAAUUAACACUUGAAGUUUAUGUGUAAGGUUUUUGUUUUUGUUUUUCUGUUUAUUUGUCAAUUGUUUUGUUAUGAUAUGAAAA